GUAUUUUGACCCACAGCCCACAGGCCAGUUCCCUUCUCCCCAGUCCACCACCCUUUGCGGCGGCGGAGCUUACUAGUCUCCUCCACGACCAACUCAAACAGCAAACUAAAGUGCUUACUAUUCUUUUUACCUUAAAAACCAGAAAAAAUGUCCAUAAUCACUCUUUCCCCAACUCCAACCCCGCGUCUUCCUCGCAUAAGUUCCCAUGCACCCUGCCGUAGUCAAUCAUUUCCCAUGACCACCCUCCUCAGACCAAAACCCCAACCCCUCCUUUUCCACCUUUUCCGCCGCCAACUCUCCGUUUCCGCCGCCGCCGCCGUCCGGCAAGACACUACCGCUUGGACCUCUGCGCCUCUUCUCACCGUCUCCCCCGCCGCCGAUUUGCUCUUCCACGUCACUGUCGACGUCUCCGAUUCUCCUGACCUCGCCGCUUCUUAUACCAAGGCUGGCCAGUAUCUCCAGCUUAAAGUCCCCGUCUCCGAGAAACCGUCUUUUCUCGCCAUUGCUUCGCCACCGUCCUUGGCCGCUGCUAAAGGUGUUUUUGAAUUCCUAGUUAAAAGCGUCGCCGGCUCUACCGCUGAGCUCCUAUGUGGACUCCAAAAAGGUGAUGUGGUGGAGUUGACUCCGGCCAUGGGGAAAGGUUUCGAAAUUGAUCAAAUUUCUCCGCCACAGGAUUACCAGACGGUGCUUAUUUUCGCUACUGGAUCUGGAAUCAGCCCAAUUCGGUCCUUGAUUGAGUCUGGAUUUGGUGCUGAUAAGAGAUCUGAUGUUAGACUCUAUUAUGGCACCAGGAAUCUUAAGAGGAUGGCUUAUCAGGAUAGGUUUAAAGAGUGGGAAUUGUCUGGAGUGGAAAUUGUGCCAGUACUAUCUCAGCCUGAUCAAACUUGGACUGGGGAGCAGGGAUAUGUCCAGGCUGCCUUUGCUAGGGCGAAAAAGAUUUUUAGCCCACAAUCCACAGGUGCAGUUCUGUGUGGACAGAAGCCAAUGGCUGAGGAGGUUACUUCUCUUCUUGUCGCUGAUGGAGUCUCCGCAGAGAAGAUCUUAAAGAACUUCUGAUAACAAAUUUUUGUGGGCUGUAUUUGUUGUAUUAUUUUUACCUAGCGGUCAGUACUAUCCAUUCAUUUUAUCUUGCCGAGUAUAAAUGACUCAGCAUUUGAAUUUUGAUCGCAAAAUGACUCCACUAUUUGCAAUUUUGAGACUCUACGGGUUGCAACAGCUAAUUAGCACUGCCUUCACUGAGUACAGCUCCUAUCAGUGGUUCAGCUUUAAGGUGAACGUGGCAGUCUUGAUUAAGAGUUAGGCAUUCUAGAGGUUUAAGGAGCAGAAGUAAGUGGGCAAAAGCAUCGAUGCCUUAGUUAUGAUACACUAAAUUUUGUAUUAAUACUUGACGUGCACCAUUAUGUGCUACCUUAUCAAUUGCUGUAGUUCGGUAUGUAUUCUUCAGAGAAUAAUGUCUGGAUUUCUUAUACGCCAGCCUGUUUCUUCUGAGUGCCCACUUUAUUGGCCAAAGACCCAAACAGUUAGUGUGUAGUUACUGUUACGCUUCUAGGAUGCUUUCUAGUGAGUGAUUACUUUCAUGUA